AUGGAGGAAGUGGAUGAGAGAGAAAGAGAGCGAGAGACACGGGAAAGAACGACGGGGCCUGCGGAGAGCGAUAACGAUAAGAUUAUACUCUGUCACGUGCGAAGCAGUUCGUGCGGCCCCGGUCAUUUUUGUUUUUGUUCCGCAAGCUUUUAUCGUCCGGUGCAUUUGCUUCUCGAUACCCGACGUGGUACAAGCUGUGAUAUAAGGCUCUGCUCAAUUUCAAGGUCAACUCAAGACUCUCCCCACUACAAUUGGCUUCGAGAGCCGAGCACCGAGUGCCCGCAUUCUCCCGGCCUCGGAUUCUCGAUCUGCUGUCGACUGGCCGACGAAUUCCUCUCCUCCCACCCCGAAUCCGAAUCCCUGACUAUAAUCUUCACAACGCGAAGCGCCCGCAAAGCUCAAGAUACCAUCCGCGGCCUCAAGGCUCAUCUGAGCGAAACCGCCCCGGCCAGCGCAGCCCGCGUUCAUUUCGAGCCUGAGAGCGUCGACCUUGGAGACCUUGUUUCUGUGCGCGCCCUUUCCAGAAGACUCGUCCACUCCCUCCCCAGACUCGACGCCAUUGUCCUAAAUGCCGGAAUAGGCGGUUGGUCCGGCAUCAGCUGGCCCAAGGCUAUCUGGGGCGUCUGCACCGAUCUCGUUCACCAGGUUACUUGGCCCUCUUACAAGCUUGCACCAGUGGGCGUGUUGACGGCGAAACAAACAAAGACCGAAGAGGAGCCUGCGCUCGGAUCGAUUUUCUGCGCUAAUGUCUUCGGUCACUAUAUGCUAGCGCACAAUGUGACUCCACUGCUUAAGCGCGCUCAUAUCAAUGGGCCUGGCCGUGUGGUCUGGGUAUCCAGUAUUGAAGGGACUUACAAGUUCUUUAAGAUUGAUGAUAUCCAGGGCUUGCGCACGGAUGCUCCUUACGAAUCUUCCAAGGCUCUGACUGAUAUUCUCGCCUUGACUUCUAAUCUCCCCAGUACGGCACCCUGGUCCGUGGAAAGCUUCUUGGAGUCCGAAACCGAACUCAACACCCAUGCCAUACACACCGACGCCCCUACUGCUUCCCCGCGCUCAUAUCUCUCGCAUCCUGGUAUUUGCGCGACCUCUAUCGUUCCUUUGAUUCUUCCAUUGGCCUGGGCAAUGAUUGCUUCAUUCUGGGUCGCGCGCAUCCUAGGAUCACCCUGGCAUCCUCUUUCCACGUACCUCGGUGCCUGUGCGCCUGUGUUCCUUGCAUUAGCGCCCCAGGCCAUGCUGGAGGCUGCAGAGGAGCCUUAUCACCAGGCUGGUGGGGGACGGGCGAAAUGGGGCUCGUCUUGCACCCGGUCCGGUGUCGAGAGUCCGGCUUCUACUGAGGUGGACGGAUGGGGACACGGUGGUGUGGUUGGAACGCCUGUGGUUGAAGCUGAUCGGCUUCGCCGUCGCAAGCGGGGCGCGGAAUAUCUGACGCGGGAGAAGAAGGAAGAUUUUGAAGAGCUUGGGCGUCAAUGCUGGAAGCAGAUGGAGGAGCUGAGGGUGCAAUGGGAUGAGAUCUUGGACCAAGCCGAGGCUCGAUCUUGA